AUGAACAGGCUUAACACGACGUCGGUUUCUCUGGCCGUAACGCCAACGGUGGUUUCCACCUUGUUUUCACACUACCUGAACAAGAAGAACUUGAAAGAGCACCCGACCACGCAUCUGUCGUACGACGAGGGGCUGCACCUUAUUCGAUCGUUCCUCGAGUAUGCCUCUCAACACACUGUCGAAGAGAUUCAGGGAUUCACGGGCCAAUGGGUCCCGCACCCGCAAUGGGUCAAGCUGGAGAGCGUGACCAUUCCUGACGAACACCUCGGCCGAGCAGCAGAAUUAAUCGAGGGGGAGCUGGGACCUGAUGGCAUCCGACAGGUUGGCGGCAGGAAAUGGUGGCACUGGCGAGGUCCGAAAGGUCCUUUGGAGGCCGAGUGGAUUGAGAUGCGAGCGGAUGCCAAUGAGCGGAAGAAGAAUAACGAGCCACUGCGUCGUGUGAUGCUUUAUUUACAACGCCACGCGAGAAAGCUGAAAGCUAGAGUCUUUGCACCGCGCACGAUCAUCUUUGCUGGAGACUCGGCAGGUGGUGGUAUGGUAACGUCCAUGCUGUGCCUUCUUCGAGACCAAGGCAUUCCAUUGCCCGCCGGUGGCAUUCUCAUUAGCCCUUGGGUUGACUUGACGCACUCGUUUCCAAGCGUUGCCCUCGAGACACCGCUGGAUUACAUACCACAGUCAGGGUUCCACCAUAAGCCAUCCAGGGCGUGGCCACCGCCUAAUGACGAUGAUGUGAGGAUGCUCAAGGAAGAGGCGGACAAGCGCAAGAAGAGCGACAAGAAACGAGCUCCGUCUACGGCUGAGCUAGAGCAGAAGCAGCAGGACCCCGUGGUUCCGAUAGUUGAUGGCGAAACCGGCGUUCAUAUUGAUAGCGCUGGUGUUCACACCGAGACGGAAAAGUUUUUGACCGUUACAAUCGAUGGAGAGCUGAUCACCAUGAAAGACCAGAUUCAAAUGUAUACAACAAAUGCUCUUCUAUCACACCCGUUGGUGAGCCCCGUCAAGCAGCCGACGCUUGGUGGACUGCCACCUCUUCUAAUUACUGUCGGAGGUGGUGAGCUUCUUCGUGACGAGCAGAUUUACUUGGCUCACAAGAGACUACUAGCCAAGUAUAAGCCUACCUAUGUGCAGCUCCAAGUGUGGGACGAUCUGUGCCACGUUGCUCCGACUUUGAGCUUUACAAGCCCUGCCAAGUACAUGUACAGGUCGAUUGCGCAGUUUGGAGCCUGGGCCCUAGCGCGUGCUCAGAACAGAGAUAUUGAGAUUAUGGAUGACGAUGCGAUCUCCGUCAUCACGAGCUCUGGCUCUGAUACAGAAGCUGGGGGGCAGGAAGAACAAGACCAGAAUAAAGACAAAGAGCCAGCGGAUGAAUUGACCCCAUCAGAGGUUGGAAGAGCAGGAGAUCCGCUCCCACCAUUCAAGAAUUAUAUGAUUCGACAGCGAAUUGCUCGGAAUGGCGCUAUUUUGCCUCUUCCACUGGAAACAGAUCUGCCUGGAUGCAACAUGAAGCCUGAAGAGAUUGGAAUCAUUAAAGAAGGCCCUGUUAGAAAGUGGCUAGAAACCAAGGGCACAUGGGACCACAAAUAUGCCAGUGCCAAAGCCAAAACGCAUAAAAAGAUUAUUAAAGAAAUGAUUGUUGGUUAUAAAGAUUUUGGCCCGGAUGAGCGUCCGCCGCCAACUGCACUGGCUGGGCGAAUACCCCUGGGCACAGAGUUGCAGCCAGGGAAGAGAAGAAAGAGUUUCGGCCUAGCCAUCUGGUCCCUUUGGGGAUCAAAGCAUGACGAGAUGACGGUGGAGAGAGAGCAGAAAGCUAAUUACGAGCCCGAGAUGCAAGCCGUUACUCCGGAGUUGACUAACGAGGUUCCGUUGGACUCUGGAGGCGACAAACGUGGGCAUAGCCGCAGACCUUCCCGUCAGCGGAUUGUGCGAGAUGAGCAUCAGACUGGCAGCGAAGAGACGGAGGGGGAAACUGUUGUGGAGCAAUUGAUUGCCAUGCGCCGAGAGCAGGAGGCAGCUCACGAUGGGCUUCUCAGCCCGGAUUAUUCGCCUGACACGGGCGUGGCUGGAAAGAGGCCGUUCCUCGACGGCAUCGCCUUGCCGUUCAGCAUUAAGAAUGACGCAGAAACGGCGAGCAUGAUUACGCUCAAUUCAGCAAUGACGCCUGGGUCGCGACCUAUGAGCCCUUCGCCUGGACCGGCAUUUGUUGGCGUGACGGACUCCAAGGCAGAAUUGGUUGAGGAGAAGCCGACUGCUAAUGGGGUGGCUGAAGAUAAUGAGAAGGUCGAAGCAGAGCGUCCGGGCAUUGAGACUUUUGUGACAGCUCAAGAAGACUUGCCGCAGGUCAAGAUAGAGACGUGA